AUGAAUUGCACCGCCGCUAUUAGGCCGCUAGAAAUAGUUCCCGGCCCUGAUCCAAAUGACCCAUAUGGUGUAAAGACCGCGCUGGGUUGGGGAGUCGUUGGUACCGUUGGGAAAACCGCCAGUCAUUUCGCAUUUACGACCUCGGCUAGGGAGGUGAGUCCGUCUGUAGUGGGUUCAAUGUUGGAUCGCGAAUUCAUUGAAUAUGGUGGCUCUCUUCAGGACAACGAUAAGAUGUCGAUUGAGGAUAGAAAGUUCAUGGAUAUCCUGAAGAAAGGCAUUCAUGUGAGAGAGGAUGGGCAUUUCGAGAUGCCGCUGCCGUGGAAGGACGAUUCAAAAAUGCCCAACAACAGGACCCAAGCUGCCAAACGGUUAGCCCAACUCCGAGCUCGUCUGUUGAAAAACCCCAAGUUACGAGAGGACUACCUCAAAUCGAUGGAUGACAUGCUACAUAAAGGCUACGCAGAAAGGGUGCCGAAAGAUGAAUUGAACCUCAGUGACGGUACAGUAUGGUAUAUACCACAUCAUGGGGUAUACCACCCAGUCAAGCGCGAUAAAUGCCGUGUAGUGUUUGAUGCCAGCGCAGAAUUCGAGGGUACAUCGUUGAAUAAGCGCCUCCUGCAGGGUCCUGAUCUCACAAAUAACCUUACCGGUGUUCUCAUUCGAUUCCGUAGGGAAAGAUACGCGUUUGCUUGCGACUUGGAAGCCAUGUUUAUGCAAUGUGGUGUUGACGCGCGUGAUAGAAAUUAUCUUCGAUUCCUAUGGUGGGAGGGGGGUGACUUGAUGUCCGAGCCUGUAGAGUACCGAAUGCGCGUUUCCAUAUUUGGUGCAACCUCAUCCCCAGGGAUGGCAAAUUUCGCGCUGAAGUCAGUGGCCGAUGAAUUCGAGAGCAAAUAUGGUGAAGAGGCAGCCGACUUCGUUAGAAAACAAUAUUAUAUGGAUGAUGGGCUAGAUAGUGAAAGCACUACCAAACAGGCAAUAAACAUUGCACACUCAAGUGCAGAUUUGGUGAGUGAACGUGGUUUCAGGGAACACAAAUUUGUCGCUAAGGAUAGGGAGAUUCUCAAGUCGAUGCCGCAAUCAGAACUUGGGAAAAACCUCCAAAAAUUGAACUUACAAUCAGAAAGUGAAAGUCUACCCAUAGAACGUACCUUGGGACUGGAGUGGCAUGUCGAGAGUGAUGACUUCGGGUUUGCUAUCAAUUUGAAAGAUAAACCUCUCACCCGUCGGGGCAUCCUCUCGACUGUGGCCUCAGUCUAUGACCCCCUGGGUCUGGUAUCGCCGGUGAUACUGCAAGGUAAAGCCAUCUUAAAGGAGCUGUGCAGCCAGAAGUUGGACUGGGAUGCUGAUGUACCAGAGGAUGUCAGGAUGCGAUGGGAACGUUGCAGAACGGAUUUGAUGUCCUUGUCUCAACUUAAGAUACCACGGUGUUACAAGACCAGUGAAUUGGGCCCUGACACCUCAGUGGAGUUGCAUAGUUUCUCAGACGCGAGUGAAUCUGGGUAUGGUCAGUGUUCCUACUUGAAGUAUACUGAUGAAAGUGGUAGAAUCGAAACCUCGCUGGUAAUGGCCAAGUCCCGGGUGACCCCGCAAAAGGUUGUCACUAUUCCCAGGCUAGAGUUAGUUGCCGCCCUCACGUCAGCGAAGAUCGCCGCCUUCACCGAAAAUCAACUUCAGAUGGAGAUUCUGGCCAAGGUUUUCUACACAGAUAGCCAAGUGGUGCUCGGGUACAUUUCGAACGAGGCGAAAAGAUUCCACAUCUUUGUCAGCAAUCGCGUUCAGCAGAUUCGAGACCUGACAGAAGUUAAGACUUGGAGACACGUGGUCACAGAUGCUAAUCCAGCGGACCUAGCCUCACGAGGGAUGAGCGCCACAGAUCUACUCGCCAGCAGCCUGUGGUGGAAAGGCCCAGAGUUUCUACGAGAGACGACCAACCUGCCUGCACCAGACAUUGAAGCAGCCCAGCAGUUGUCCGAGGACGACCCUGAAGUAAAGAGAACUGCGGUCACCUUAGCAACGCGUGCUAUUCCACAGCCCUAUCCAAGCCUGUACGAGAGAUUCGGAUAUUUCGCAAGCUGGUUUCGACUCAAGCAUGCCACUGCUUUGUGUUUACGAUACGUGACGAUUCUCCAGGAAUGUGUCAGAAAGAAAAGAGCUGGAGAUGGCACUAACGAGGAAGCCAUAAGUCGGUUAGCGUUGAAGAGAUGA